AUGACUAUCGAGAAAUCGCGAUUCUACUUGAGUGAGAGCGGUGGACUGAACGAUAUGAGUCUGGAAGAGGAGAAGAGUCCAAAGCGUCAUUUGAGACGUUUAUCUGAGUUUUUCCACGCACACACGAAAAACGAUUGCUCAACAUGCUCAAAGCACCAAGAAGUGAACGAUCGCCUUGAACGAGAAGUGCAGUUGAAAAGAGCCGAAUUGAGAUUGAUGGAGGUGGCGAUGAAUAAGGUGAAAGAAGCCUACAUGGACGCCUGUCUAGAGAUCGCUCAACUG